GUUUCCCCUCAUUGGUUCGCGGUCUCUCGUGCUCUGCUCCUCGACCAGUAGACACGCGAGACAGCGCAUGCGUCUUACUUUUUCUCUCCCUCAGCCUUUGAAACUCGAGGUUGAGUUCAAUCAAGAAAAGACCAUGUACGCCGCCAUAAGCAAGAUAGGCUCCCCUCUUGUCUCUUUUAAAACGAAAUCUCCAUGAAAUAGCGGUGACGCCGCGGCCUGAAGGAUGGCCAACUCGGGUGCCGUUCAGGUGAAACUGGAACUUGGUCACCGUGCUCAGGUCCGGAAAAAACCCACUGUGGAAGGAUUUACCCACGACUGGAUCGUUUUUGUCCGAGGACCGGAGCAAAGUAACAUUCAGCACUUCGUGGAGAAAGUUGUUUUUCACCUGCACGAGAGCUUCCCAAAACCAAAAAGAGUGUUCAAGGACCCGCCGUACAAAGUGGAGGAAUCGGGAUACGCCGGCUUCAUCCUGCCCAUCGAGGUGUACUUCAGGAACAAGGAAGAACCGAAGAAAGUGCGUUUCGACUACGACCUGUUCCUUCACCUGGAGGGACACCCCCCUGUCAAUCACCUGCGCUGCGAGAAGCUCACCUUCAACAACCCCACAGAGGAGUUCCGCAAGAAGCUGCUCAAGGCCGGAGGGCAACGGGAUCCUCAUAAACGAAGCUCGGAAGACUCCAAAGUCAUGGUGAUGCAGGAGGGGGCCACCUCUCUGUUUGGCCAGCACAUGAAGCUGCCCACGCUCCCCGCCAGCACCCUCGCGUCCGUCCCCCUGUCGGACGCCAAGAAGAGCAAGAACUUCCACGGGUCAAAGGACGGCCCCAAAGGAAGCAGCACUGCCCUCCUCACCGCCUCCACCACCUCCACCACCAGCAACAACACCCCCGCCAACCACAACAACAACAACAACACACCACCAACCAACAACAACAACAACAGCAGCAGCUUCUUCAAACUCCACAAGGCCUCCAUGGAGCACAAGGAGAGGCCGGCGAAAGACUUGAAAGAGCCCAAAAGUGCCUUACACAGAGACUCCGGCUGGGCGCCCGGCCACGCCCCCAAAGAACCUUCCAGGAAACCCAAAGAGAACCAGCCCCUUCGAGACAUUAACCCCAAGAUCGGCUUCAAGGAGCCCAAGUCCCUCUCCUCCAAGGAGCGGCGGAGCGAGGGCCCGUGCCUCGGCAAGCGGCCCCCGCCCCGCCGCCGCCGCCGGGCCCCCACGACGACUCAACAAGUAGAGAAGUCCUAUAAGAAGCAAGCGAGAACACCAAGCCAGGUGCCUCGGCGCAAUUCAACACGAAUCAAUUCCAUUUCUCUGUUGGCUCGCGCUACAAAUGUGAGCCAAGGUGACGGAUGUGCUUGUGGGCUUCAAACCCUGGUGGCUAACUUGUGUCUCCCCCAGACGUAUCUGGACGAGCUGGUGGAUCUGCACAGGAGACUGAUGACGCUAAGAGAGGGCCAGAUACUGCAGCAGAUCGUGAACCUCAUCGAGGAGACGGGCCACUUUCACAUCACCAACACUACUUUUGACUUUGACCUCUGCUCACUGGACAGGAGCACCGUGCGGAAGCUCCAGAGCUACCUGGACGCCUCCGGUCUGUCCUGAA